CACGGAUAUCCCGUUCCCAGUACCCACAGCCGCACCUGAAAAUGUCGACUGGACCGCCUUUUUCGACGAUCUGAUUGGGAAUGGCACACAGCGGGUUGUAGCGGGUCCGAGUGGGCUCAACGGGAACGCCGAUUUUGACGAUGGUGAUAGAAAAGUGAUUCGGCUUCAACGCCGACGCCGACGCCGACAACGAUGCCUUUGCCUUUCGACCCGGCUCGGAUGGGGUCGAUAAUGACGGAUACGCAUACGGGUCCUUUGCAUUUCGGCAAGCUUUCUGAAUGGAUACUACAAUCCGGACAGGUGGAGGCGGCCGGUUUACCAGAGCCGGAUCUUUUCUCUCAAUACCUGGCCCCUCUUGAUGACAAUAGCGAUAAUACGGCAUCGAUCUCUCUACUUCCUGAUCACAACUCGAUACAUCAGAAUCCCGGCUGGUCAACAAACGUGCUUUCGGGAAUAGCUCUGGAAGAGAACGUGAACGUCUGGACGAUGGGCUCGAAAAUAAUACCGUUCCAGCAACAUGCUCAGGCCGAUGAUGAUCUUUCGGAACGAUACGAAGCUUUGCUCGUCGAAUUCUACGCCAACUAUGUGAUACCCGCGUGGACCGUCACGUACACUCGGCAGGCUCGAGCUGGAUUGGCAGAAAGUUGUAUGAAGAUGACUUCGUCGUGUCCCGUUACACGGACAGCUAGGAGGGCCGUCUCUGCGACCUUCCUUCAGAUCUACAAGGAACGCAAGACGCAAUGGCCGAUGGGAAGUUCGUCCCGCCAGGCCGCUCUGGACGCUCUUCCUCCGCAUUACCUGGUCCCUACGAUCGACCCCAAGCCGAUCUUGAAAGCGGGUCUGGCUUUGGUAUAUCAAUCAGGUCACGAAACGGAUCCUUCUGCUUUGCUGUGGGCACUCUCGGAUCUGAAUAUGGCAGCCCACGCUCUUUCCGACGCCGACAACUUUCACAUCACCAACCGCCUCGCGAAUGACAUGAUCAAGGACGCGCUGGCGAAACCGGGGAUGUUCGAGAUCAAUUUCCCUGACUGGGAUUCUUUUGCCUUGCGAGUCGCCAGCAUGGUGGAUCUCAAUGUCUGCUUGACGAAUCGACAACGGACGGUGUUUGACUAUUCAAGUGUGGCGACCCGGGCGUGGCCGAGAGACAUGUCGCUGAUCUGUGACAAGGAGACGACUUGGUUCGGUCUUCCUCCGGGCCUAUCCUUGUUGCUUCUCCGGGUCGCCAAUAUUACGGCCGACGGUCACGCCGCUUCACAGCUCGGUCUCGCUCCGUCUCCAAGCUUGAUCGAACAAGCGAAUCGACUCGAAACCGAGUUGAUCGAAUACCAGCCGAGGCUACAGGAACCUGCCCCGCAAGGAUCGACCGAGCCGUUUGAGGUCUCUUCGGCGGAAAGAGCGGUCGAGAUGGACAUCUGGAAGACUACCGGACUAGUUCUACUUGACCGGCUAGUGAGAGGCCGCGCCGUUCUCGAGCCCGUCUUACAAGAACGUCUCGAAGAUAUGCAAGCCAUGUUGCAGGCGCUCAUGCUACUUUGUCGAGCCCGGGAACGCAAGAGUAAGAACUUCAUAGACUUCUGGACCUCGUAUUACAGCGGACCGGCGUUCCUCGUCGGCAGCCUAGCGGUUCAUGAAGCCGAUCGUCAGUUCUACCGCCGGUUUCUGCGCGAGGUCGGUCCGGAGAAAGCGCUGGGUAGCCUGUUGGACUUGCUGGAAAAGACGUGGACUGCCAGUGACGCAGCUGGUCAUGUCUGCGACUGGUUCGAUAUGGUCGCUCAGUCCAAUACACGGCCGCUGUUCUUCUGAAGACCCGGCAUAUGAUAAGGAAUUGAUUGAUACGAUCGUUUUCGACCUCGUGGCGCCUCUGCGCGAAUGCUCGGAUAAACGGUGAAUCCACCCAAUUUGCCGCUGUGCCUCCGAGCCGAUA